AUGGCAAUGGCUUGCACCACCGAAAGAAAAACAACACCACUACAUAGGAAUAGGUGGGCUGAUGAGCUCCUUCCUGAACUGUUUGAGUUGAUCUUGAAAAAGCUCGCUUCAAAUGUCCUCGACAUCAUUCGGUUUAAAGCCGUCUGUUCUUCCUGGAACCGCGCUGCUGCAAGAUCGUAUACCUCUGCCCCGUUGCCUCAAUAUCCAUGGCUCAUGGCCCCCAUCCCCAAGUCCCCUCCUAUUGAUCAUGAGAGCAGGUGCUUCCUCAGCCUCGCAGAGAAUAAGGUUUACAAGAUGGGCUGGAACUGGAAGAAAGCGUUUCAUGGCGAUGGUGCUUCCUGUUUGGGUUUAUCACAUGGGUGGCUGGCGAUUAAGGAGGUGAACACAGAAAAGAAAACCUACAACGAAUAUGAAGAAAUCGUUCAUCUUUUCAAUCCAAUUUCUAGAGAACGCUUGAUGCUUCCCUUGGGGCCGAAAUAUUCUUCAACUAAAAGAGUUGUUCUUUCCUCGGACCCCUCCCGCAACAACAACUUUGUCGUUGUGGUAAUUCAUGAGCCCAUGUUUGAAGGGAAAAAGGUAGCAUUCUAUCAGCAUGGCAGAGGAAGAGACAACGCUGCUGCUUGGACUAACUUAUCACAUGGGAGUAGCUGUGCUGAUAUGGUAUUCCACAAUGGCCAUUUAUUUACACUGUCCAUCGUCCACACAAUUCAAGUUUGGGACUUCAGGGGCACCUAUGAUAAUAAUAAUUAUCCCACGAAGAUCAUGAAUUUUGAACCUUCCAUCAAUGGGAAUGUCAAUAGCAUGGCGGUUGAUGAAUGGUUGGUGGAGUCAAUGGGUGAGCUUUUGGUUGUGGGAAAGGAACGGUUGGGGAAUGAUACCAGAGGAGUAGUGAAAUUUUUUGUCUACAAAUUAAAUAUUGCUGCCAAAACGUUGGAGAAGGUGGAAUCUUUGCGUGAUUGUGCUUUAUUUUUGGCCAGAAAUCAAUCUGCAAUGUCAUUCUCAUUAUCCACCAAAGAAUUGCCAAGAUUGAAAGAAAACUCUAUUUACUUUCACAGAUUUGGAUCAUAUGCUUAA